AUGGAGGGGAAGGUGGUGCGGUGCGGAGGAGGCCUCUCGUUUGUGGAGACGGACGAGGUGGGUCUGGCACCGGCCCUGUUCGAUGGGUGGGGCCUCAAGGCCUACCAGCCCGUCCUACUCGAGGCGGCACCCUCGAAUCGCGUAGAAGCUCAAAAUCUUCCCCGAUUCGUGGUGGCCGCGGUGCCCUCGAGCGGUGGGCUGAGCCCCACCGAGCUGCGCGUGCACAACGAUCUUUUGCAUCGCUUGGUCGAUCGAUUCGGCUCAUCCACGGCUCACAUCUCCACAAAUCUCAAUCACUCCGAUGCCACGGCGUCGGAGGUCGAGGCGGAGCUCGUGGGUCCAACCGGCCUAGACCGGCUCGGCACGACGGACGACGUGUUCGCGGGCGCGCUGCGGCGCCGAAUGGCCGGCAAGUGGAGCGGCGUGGGCUGCACCGUGCUCGUCCCCCUCGUGGGCAGGACGUACGAGCUCGUGGUGCGGCGGGUCGUGACCCAGAGCCCCGUGGCAUUGUCGUCGGUCGACAGCACCACCGCCACCACCACGACCGCCACUGGCGCAGAUAGUGCGGCGCCGGUGCAGCUCUUUGCCCUGACGCGCGAGACACAGUGGCGCAUCGUGCCGAGUCGGUCCACUGCAACAGCAAACAGGCCGGUGGCGCUGUCGGACGAAGAGCCGCUGUCGGAGAUCGAACGACAAGCGCGCACCCUACUUGAACUGGAGAUGCGACGGAAGUCUCUGGGCAAGAGCACGGCCGGCAUGGGCAUCAGCGUGGGCAGCGGCGUGCUACUGACGGGCGUUGCCGGCGUUGGGAAGUGGAGCGCAGCGCAGCGCAUCGCCAGGGCCAUCGGAGCCGAACUCAUCGAGAUCAACCUGGCGUCGAGCCGCAACAGCCUCAACGCGGUGCUGAAGUCGACGCUGCAGCGGGUGCAGAGCGCGGAUCACCACACGCCGCAGCGGCCCGUGCUCGUUGUGCUGCGCCAGCUCGAGGUGUUUGCCGCGCCGCCGGCCGACGAGGAUGCGUCGCACAAGUGGUCGUCCACCUCCACCUCAUCGGGCGGCGACAAGACCAGCGCCGCCUCGCGUCUGCUCGAUUUCGUAGACUCGCUCGCGCUGCUCCCAGGCGUGGCGAUCGCGGGCCUGCUGCGCCAGGGCUACACCCUGCCCUCUGCCUUCCUCCGACCGCCCCGUUUCGACCACACUUUCAGCAUCCCGGCCCCGGCCGCUCCGGCCCGCCUGCGGCUCCUGCAAAGCUUCCUCGGGCCGCACAGCCCGACCGACGCCGAUCUCCGCUAUCUCGCCGAGGCGACUCAGGGCUAUGUGCUCCGGGACCUGGUGCGAUUGAGCCGGCGCAUUGCGCUGCUCGCGCGGGUGCGGGUUAAACAGCGAAGCGACGACGACGGGCAGCAAUCGGUGGGUGUGGCGCCGAGAGUGGAGCGACAGGACAUGGAGGUGGCGAUGGCCGCCGUGCGACCCUCGCAAAUGUUCGAGCUCACCGUUCGCCCUCCGCGCGUGAGCUGGGACGACGUCGCCGGCUGCGAGAACGCGCGGCGCGAACUCGAGGAAGCCGUCAAGUGGGGCUUGGCUGCGGACAAGAGUCCUCUGCUGGCUUCUCUCGCCCAGCAGGCCGGCGUGUUGUUGUAUGGCCCCUCGGGCUGCGGCAAGACACUGUGCGCUCAUGCCUUCGCCUCGGCGCUCCACCUUCCCUUCAUUUCCAUCAAGGGGCCGGAGCUUUACUCCAAGUACCUGGGCGAGACGGAAGGACUCAUUCGGCGGCUGUUCGAACGUGCUCGACAGGUCGCUCCGUCCGUCAUCUUCUUCGAUGAGAUCGACGCUCUCGCACCCACGCGAAGCGGCGACACGGAGGGGAUGGGCGGUAUGGGCCAGCGCGUGCUGAGCCAACUGCUCAACGAGAUGGACGGUGUGAGUGCGCGAUCGGGUGUGCUUCUGCUCGCCUGCACGAGCCGCCCCGACUUGCUCGACCCCGCGCUCCUGCGACCAGGCCGCUUUGAGCGACUCGUCUACGUGGGUCCGCCGACGCCGGUCGCCCGAGUCCACCUCCUCCAGAUUGAGCGAAGACGAAAGGUCCCGUUCGCAGCCGACGUCGCGGAAGACAAGUUUGCGGCCAUCACGGACGGGCUUACGCCUGCAGAGAUCUUGGCUUGCUGCCGGGAAGCGGCACUGCUAGCGCUGACGGAGGACAUGAACGCGGCGGAGGUACGAUGGCAGCACGUGGACGCGGCAGUCAAGCAGCGCCGUCAAACCGGUGGCCUGUCGCUGACCGAGGAGGCCCUGCUGCCCUACAACAAGUUCGCCCACAACCGGCGCACCUGA